AUGAAUCUAUUCGCCUUUUACUGCAUUGUCUACAAAUCAACGAGGCAGAUGGGCGCUUAUAAAUGGUAUUUGCUUGCUUACCAAGCGUCAUCCACUGCAUUCGACACUGUGUACACUGGUUUUAUAAUACCUGUAAUCUACUUCCCAGAAGCAAUGGGUUAUCCUGGCUCUUGGCUGGCAGUGACAUUAUCUAUCACUGGCCACGCUGGCGUAAUUAUGGUGUUUCUUACAGCUGCUCUACUUGUUGGUUGUAUUCUCAACCUAUUUAACUAUCGUUGUCACGUGGUUACUCCAAACCAUUACUUUUUCAAGAUAGGCAACAAUGGCCACAUCUACACGAGUUCUGCUAUAUCACUGACCUAUUUCAUAUCUUUAGCAGCUGGUUUAAUUGAUAUUUUACCUGACCAAGAAGAGCGUAAGAUAUGGGCUGUUAAGGAAUACCCUUGUUUGCAAUCUGUAAUAUAUGGACAGUCCACGUUUUACGGUCUUCACACUAAAUAA